GAAAACGAUUACUUAUGAGUCGUUAAAUAUCAUUUUGAGGCUGAUAAAUGGAUCAUCAGCAUUGUUGUUGGCUGUAUUGCCUUACAAGGCUAACAUGCUUGAAGGUAUUCAAGGUUGGGAGCUCAGACCGUCUUUUCGUGGUCCGCGGUUUCCUCGCUGGAUGGAGAAUGUUUCUUCCUUUAACCAGUUUGUUCAUGAACUCGCGAUGGACUCUGAUUCAGCAUCUAGCGUAGAUUAUUCUUCUGGAGAAGAAGUAGAUUGUGAUGGUAAUGACGACGAUGAUGAUGAUUACACAUCUCCCUCAUCUCCAACAUCACAAGGUUCUCAAUUCUCUAGGGCAAGCAGCUACAACAAGCAUGAGAAGAACCAGACACAAUGGAUUUUUUCCAUUUUCUUGUGGCUUCUGCUUCCUGCAAGGCUAACACUUGGUAUGCCAUUUUAUAUGUAUAGCAUAUUUUUGGGUAGAGCCUUAAAGGGGACCGCUCAUACCCAUGGAAGAUUCCGGACUUCACAUGUCCACGCUGUCAGGAAAUCAUUGGAUCAUGUUGUUGAACGAACUACUGACAGAAGGCGUGGAGUUAUAGAGGAUAUGCAUUUUGGUAUGGAGAUUUUUAUAGAAUCCAUAUUUGAAGGUAUUCACAAGAUAGCGGCUUGUGUUCUCUCUCCGGUGGACUCUUUAAGGGUGUUAAUGAGGUGGUCUUAUGUGGCCGAUGAUUCAACCGCCUAUGUUACCACCGCCACACUCGCUGAGAACAUCCCUACUCCAAUAGAAAGGAAAAUUAGAUUGAAUAAUUCCUUGAAUACGGAUUCUCGAACAUGUCAAGAUGUCAUUACAGAGCUUGGGUAUCCUUAUGAAGCGAUCAAUGUGGUUACUGCCGAUGGAUAUGUUAUUGUUUUGGAACGGAUUCCGAGGCGUGAUGCAAGAAAGACGGUUUAUUUGCAACACGGAGUCUUUGAUUCAUCUAUGGGUUGGGUAUCUAAUGGAUUUGUCGGCUCUCCUGCAUUUGCUGCUUUUGAUCAAGGCUAUGAUGUGUUCCUCGGUAAUUUCCGCGGUCUAGUUUCAAGAGAACACAUCAACAAGAAUAUAUCUUCACGAGAGUACUGGGGUUACUCGAUCAACGAGCAUGGGAUCGAAGACAUACCAGCCAUGAUAGAAAAAAUUCACCAAGUGAAAACUUCAGAAUUAAAAUCUCUUUCAGAACCUGAUACAGAAGAAACGAACACCGAGCAACCUUAUAAACUUUGUGCCAUCUGUCACAGCUUAGGUGGAGCUGCAAUACUUAUGUAUAUCAUAACACGCCGUGUGGAACAAAAGCCGCACCGGUUAUCAAGACUGAUCCUUUUAUCACCAGCUGGAUUUCAUCACGACUCGUCAAUUGGCUUCAAAGUACUCGAAUGCUUACUCCUUUGGCUCGCACCCGUUGUACAACCUCUAGUGCCCGGUUUCUACAUACCCACGAGGUUUUUCCGCAUGUUGGUUAACAAACUAGCCCGGGAUUUCCAUAACUACCCUGCGGUUGGUGGGGUGGUUCAAACCUUGAUCGGUUAUCUACUGGGUGGUGAUAGUUCGAACUGGAUCGGAGUGAUGGGUUUACCCCACUACAACAUGAAUGACAUGCCCGGGGUUUCUUAUGGCAUUGCACUCCAUUUAGCUCAAAUGAAACACGCUCAGAAGUUCAGGAUGUUCGAUUACGGGAGUCCUGCGGCUAACAUGCGAGUGUAUGGUUUACCAGAACCGUUGGAUCUGGGAGAAUAUUACGGGUUCAUCGACAUCCCUGUGGACCUUGUUGCGGGGAAGAAAGACAAGGUGGUCCGUCCAUCGAUGGUGAGAAAGCAUUAUGGGUUAAUGCGAGAGGCGGGUGUGGAUGCGUCUUAUGAUGAGUUUGAAUAUGCUCAUUUGGAUUUUGUGUUUUCUCUCCACCGCGAAGAACUUAUGGGUUAUUUGAUGUCUCGUUUGCUUCUUGAAGAGGAAAGAUGGAGAAGCGAUUGGUAAGCAAGAUGUUGGUUCUUGAUCAUGUUUUAACGGUCCGCUAACAUCUUGUCGUGUAAUAAGGUUAGAUCAAUAAUGUGCUAAGUUGUAGUUUUUAUGUAUCUAGAAACCAGUUUUAUAGCCUAUUACUCAUUUGUGAUUCUAGUUCAU